GUUUUGAUAGUCUGGUUUCCGGUGUGCAUUACUGCUAACUAUGGCGGCUACGACGACGCCAGUCGUGUCGGAUCAGACAGCCAAAACACCCACUGUACCGAUUCCAUUUGACUUUUCCCAACCUCCGAUUAUCGAGGGGUUUACGCCCCCACCGAGAGCAAAAGAAGAGAGUUUCCAAGAGAAAUUUAUCAGAAAGACUAAAGAAAAUCCAUUUGUCCCAAUAGGAUGUUUGGGGACAGCUGGAGCGCUGCUUUAUGGACUUCGUGCCUUCAGUCUUGGGAAAACCAGACAGUCUCAGCUCCUCAUGAGGGGUCGCAUAUUUGCCCAAGGCUUCACUGUAGUUGCAAUUGUUGUGGGUGUGUUUACCACAGCUUUGAAGCCCAAGCAAUGAGAUGCGUCAUGAUAAGGACAAUGUGAAUCAAAUUAAAUCUAACAAACAACAAAAAUAUGUAACUGCUACUUUAUUUAUAAUGCAUCAUAAUACAGGUGUUGGAAACUGCUGUCUCCACAUAUUACAGAAUGUAUGGGUUUUGUUUAAUCUAUUCAAGAAUUGGAAAUUAAACCAUAUAACAACCAAAA